CUCCAACAGGGACUCAGGCAGCGACUGGAACUUAGAACCCACCUGACUGGGGCCCGGAGCCCGCUGGCCAAUCACAGGCCAGGAACGCCCAUUCCCCCACCCUGCUUGUGAAGCAAUAAUCCAAGAUCUCCUGGGGCAGACAGUCUGGCCACAGCGUGUUUCUCUGUGGCCCCAUGCGGGGCGACCUUGCUACCCAGGCCCACAGUAGGCUGUAUGCGAAGAGCCUGCGCCUCUGCCUCCAAGAAGGCCUCCAGGUUUCUGCAAAUGCGUGAAUGAGCCGGAUGCCAGCCUCUGUCCCCUGGAGCCCAGCGUGAGGAAGAGGCAUGCCCCAUCAGCCUUCAGCUUGAGCCCGGCGGCCCCCGCCCCCGCCCCCUGCCACCCUGCACUGCCCCGGCUCCCCCGCGGCCCCCACGCUGCAGUGCGGCCGGGCCCCCUCCCCGCAGGGGCCGCCCCCGCCGCCCACCCCUAGCGCCCGUGGUGGUGGUGGUGGUGGUGGUGGUGGUGGCCCGGGCCGCAGGGCCAUGAAACUACAGGCCGUGAUGGAGACGCUGUUGCAGCGGCAGCAGCGGGCGCGCCAGGAGCUGGAGGCCCGGCAGCAGCUGCCCCCCGAUCCCCCUGCUGCACCCCCCGGCCGGGCCCGGGCUGCCCCUGACGAGGACAGAGAGCCCGAGAGUGCCCGGAUGCAGCGGGCUCAGAUGGCCGCACUCGCAGCCAUGCGGGCUGCAGCUGCGGGCCUGGGACACCCGGCCAGCCCCGGCGGCUCUGAGGAUGGGCCCCCAGGCUCGGAGGAGGAGGACGUGGCCCGGGAGGGGACACCAGGCUCACCCGGGCGAGGCAGAGAAGGGCCAGGAGAGGAGCACUUUGAGGACAUGGCCUCCGACGAGGACAUGAAGCCCAAAUGGGAGGAGGAGGAGAUGGAGGAAGACCUCGGGGAGGAUGAGGAGGAGGAGGAGGAGGAUUACGAGGAUGAGGAGGAGGAGGAGGACGAGGAGGGGCUGGGCCCCCCAGGCCCUGCCAGCUUGGGCACCACGGCACUGUUCCCCCGAAAGGCCCAGCCACCCCAGGCCUUCCGCGGCGAUGGCGUUCCCAGGGUGCUGGGGGGCCAGGAGCGGCCGGGGCCUGGCCCUGCCCACCCCGGAGGGGCCGCCCACGUAGCCCCGCAGCUGCAGCCGCCUGACCACGGCGACUGGACUUACGAGGAGCAGUUUAAGCAGCUCUACGAACUCGAUGGGGACCCCAAGAGGAAGGAAUUCCUGGAUGACUUGUUCAGCUUCAUGCAGAAGCGAGGGACACCUGUGAACCGCAUCCCCAUCAUGGCCAAACAGGUCCUUGACCUGUUCAUGCUGUACGUGCUGGUGACGGAGAAGGGCGGCCUCGUGGAGGUCAUCAACAAGAAGCUGUGGCGUGAGAUCACCAAGGGCCUCAACCUGCCCACGUCCAUCACCAGCGCAGCCUUCACCCUGCGGACCCAAUACAUGAAGUACCUGUACCCCUACGAGUGUGAGAAGCGGGGCCUCAGUAACCCCAAUGAGCUCCAGGCAGCCAUAGACAGCAACCGACGGGAGGGCCGGCGCCAGAGCUUUGGGGGCUCCCUCUUUGCCUACUCGCCAGGCGGGGCACACGGCAUGCUCUCCUCACCCAAGCUACCUGUGUCCUCCCUGGGCCUGGCCGCAAGCACCAACGGCAGCUCCAUCACCCCCGCCCCUAAGAUCAAGAAAGAGGAGGACUCAGCCAUCCCCAUCACAGUCCCUGGCCGCCUGCCUGUCUCCCUGGCGGGCCACCCUGUGGUGGCAGCCCAGGCAGCAGCUGUGCAAGCAGCAGCCGCCCAAGCAGCUGUGGCCGCACAGGCAGCUGCCCUGGAACAGCUGCGGGAGAAGCUGGAGUCUGCAGAGCCUCCGGAGAAGAAGAUGGCCCUGGUGGCCGAUGAGCAGCAACGGCUGAUGCAACGUGCACUCCAGCAGAACUUCCUGGCCAUGGCGGCCCAGCUGCCCAUGAGCAUUCGGAUCAACAGCCAAGCCUCCGAAAGCCGCCAGGACUCUGCUGUGAACCUGACAGGCACCAACGGCAGCAACAGCAUCAGCAUGUCGGUGGAGAUCAACGGCAUCAUGUACACAGGAGUUCUGUUUGCUCAGCCGCCGGCCCCCACGCCAACCUCUGCUCCCAACAAAGGAGGCGGCGGUGGCGGCGGCAACGCAGGCGGCCGGGGAGGAAACACCGGAACCAGCAGCGGCCAGGCUGGGCCAGCGGGGCUGUCCACACCCUCCACAUCUACCUCAAAUAACUCGUUGCCUUAACCGCAUCGCUCCCCACCCGCCACUCACCCUGGAGCCCGCCGGCCUGGGCAGGGGGUCCAGGUGGGCCACACAGGGGCCAGGAUGGUGGAAGAUACGGGUGGGGAGGGAAGAUAUCCAGAAAGGAGCCACAGCUGACGCCAAAAAGAAGAGAAAAAAGAUAUAUAUAUAUAUAUAUAUACGUAUAUAUAUAAAGAGAAUUUAAUAAAACAGGGGAAAACCAAGGAACACUUGAAUUUCUCAGGUUUUGGACAUUCAGAGAGAUGAAUUGUGAGAACAGCAAAGGAAAUCCAUCAGAAAAACAGAAAGAGGCAGACGUUUCCCAGGGCGUUCAGGCAGCCCUGACGGACCGAAGGCUCUGGUGUCUGGUUUGGCCCCACAGCAGCGUGGGCCGAUCCUGUUUACCUCAUACAUCCCUGCACUGUGUGUUUUCAUUUUUGUCUGCUUUAGUUCUCUUAUUUUCUAUUCACCACACACUCGCCACUCCCAGCUUCUCGUGUCCAGUGAAACCCCUGAACCAAGAUCACUGAAUUUUUGUUUUUUUCUUGUUGCUUUGGGAAAUUUUUUUUUCUCUGUAGGGUUUUUAAGAGGUUUCAGGGGUUUUGUUGUGUAAAUAUUCUAUUUUAUUCUUGGGGGGAUCAAACCUUAGGAAAAGGAUAUCUAUAUAUCUAUAUAGCUAUAUAUUUGUGUUCCUUCAGGGAAACUGGUCUUGAAAAAGCAAGAAAAAAAAGCAAAAAAAAAAACCAAAAAAAAAAAAACUCACCUUUUUAUUUUUCCCAUGACCAAUUUGGGUCCCUUUGUCCAUUUCUGGGGGUGCGUUGGGCAGCUGUGAGCCCAGCACAUCGGAUCCCUGGGGCUAGAGCUGCGGAGCCAAUGAACUCAGGUGCUAUGGGCCGGGCUGGGGCAGAGGGUGCAUGCUGGGGUCCCACGGGCCAGGGGCCCCUGACAGUGACUUGCUGACUGUGAUAUUCCACGAUGCUUUUGCUUGUGCCGUGCUUGUCUGCUGGGUUCUCGAGUCAGGGGCCUGGAAAUCUUUUUUUUUUUUUUUUUGAGACGGAGUUUUGCUCUUGUCGCCCAGGCUGGAGUGAGUGCAAUGGUGCGAUCUUGGCUCACUGCAACCUGCACCUCCCAGGUGCAGGCGAUUCUCCUGCCUCAGCCUCCGGAGUAGCUGGGAUUACAGGCGCCCGCCACCACGCCCGGUUAAUUUUUGUAUUUUUAGUAGAGAUGGGGGUUUUGCCAUGUUGGUCAGGCUGAUCUCGAACUCCUGUCCUCAGGUGAUCUGCCCGCCUUGGCCUCCCAAAGUGCUGGGAUUACAGGCAUGAGCCGCCACGCUGGCCCGGUCUGGAAAUCUUAUCUAAAAAGUAGCAAGUGCUGGAAAAAGGGCCUGGGGGGUGGGGGUGGUUCUUGUCGCAGCCCCCAGGCUCCUGUCUCAGGGAUGAAUGUGGCGUCUCAUUGGGAUUCUUCUCUUGCCCGAAAGGGCUGUUUUUGAGGACUAUCAAUACUGGGGAGUGGGGGUGAAGCCGGACCUCGCUCAGGGUGAGGAUUUCAGGGCUCUGGCAUCCUGAACACCCCCCACACCCCAACAUUCUCCUCGCUCUGUCCCUUCCUCUUCUCCCAACCCCUUUUGUGCUGGGGCUGCGAGCUCCCCGAGUUCCGCGGUGACUAAAUCGAGGCCGAGAAGGGAGGCUGCCCCCCACCACCCUGUGGGUCAGUACCCCUCCCCCUGGCUUGGAGAAAGUGGGGUCACCGCAGCUGAGCUGGGGGGUUAUUUUGGCUGGAGCUGCUGGAGCAGAAAGGCUGGGUCUGAAAUGCCCAGCAGGGUCUGGGGACUUUGUUGGACCCGCGUGGUGUUGGGCGGGGCUGUCGUGUCCUACACGGGAGCUCUGGGCUUUCAUUUCUCUUGGGGUGCGGUGGGGAUUAACUCAGCUAUUCCCAGGGUAAGCCUGGGUCUCUAAUUGGGCCCUGGGAGCCCUGUUAGGCCACCGGCAUGGGGGCUCGGUGAGGAAGGGGACUCCCCAGCUCCCCCCACUCCCAACCACCUCCCCAUUGCCUUGGAGACCCCUGGGGAGGGGGCUGGGGGGCUUCUGAGCCCCUGAGUCUAGGUUCACUUUCCCGUCGGGCUGUGGGAGGGGACUGUCACUUUCCUGUGUCUUUGGGGAGGGGACCCCACUUCCUUCUCGGAUCUCAGGGCCGUGGACACACACCCCCUUUCCAGGAGGGGGUGGUGGGCGUCUAGGUUUUCCUUGUCCCUUCCUGGGGCCAGCACCGUAGCAGCACAAUCACCCCGGGAAGGGGGUGUCUUUUCGCCUCCAGACACAAUCGGGCCCCACUCGCAGAACCACCUGGACUCUGUCCGUGUCUGUGCCCCGGCCUCCAGGGCUCCUCUCCCGGGACCCCCGUCCCACGCCUGGGCCCCGCGCUGGGGGAAGCGCCUGCUGCCUCUCUGUCUACCUCAGGUCUGACUUUUGAUGCCAAAAUCUGAGCCCCUGGGGUGCCUCUCCCCCGCCUCCCGUGCACCAGGGUCUGCAGCAGCCACUGGGGCCUGGCUGCCUGCUGCAUCCGGCGGCCCUGGACCCCUGGGGCCCCCGUGCACCUGCCCACCUCGGAGCCUGGGGAGGGGCUGUGCAGGGUCGAGUGCUGGGUCGUCUCCCUCGGGCUGCGUGUGUGUGUCGGGAAUCCUGCGUGUCGGGAAUCCUGCGUGUCGUGUCUGUGUGGGCGAUCCGGCCUCCCGGCAGUGGGUGGACCUGGAUUCUAACUCAGGGGACUUGAGCCUGCUGUUAACUCCGAUGAUUGUAGGGACAGGCGGGGUGGGUGGGGGUGGGCGCGAGGCUGGGUCCCGGCCCAGGAGAAGGAAGUCGCUGAAGGCAGCGGCCAUGCUGGCCGUGGAAAUGGGAGGCAGUUGCAGGGGGUCUAUGGGGCCUGGUCCUGGAUACUCGGCAGGAAGCCGUGUCUCCAGAGGGUCCUCCCUGCCUCAGGUGGCCCCGUUCGACCCCAGCCGUGCCCAUCUCCUGCCACCGCCUGUCGGUGGGGGUUUAAAUUCGGUGUGGCUUUCUGGGGUGCAGCUCAGCACCCCCCCUUAUGCAGACUGGGAGGGGGUCGGGCAGUCCCCUCAGCCACGAGGACCCUGGAUGGGUUCGAGUUCACUUGGGACCGUGGGGCCUAGCUGCGUACUGAGUGGGUGCCCCACAGUCAAGGCCAACGGGGGCUCCCCCUGCUCUGAGAUGUUGGGAGAAAGGCGGCUUCUGGAGCCUUCCGUGGGACCCGUAAGUGGCUGUCCAGAAAGGCGGGAGGGUGGGCACAGGGCACUGGGGGCAGCUGGGGUCGUUGUUAAGGGUCACGCAUCUGUACAGUUGAAUUUCCUUUCUUUUAUCAUUUUUUACCCACCUGGUCCCUUUUUUCCCCAAUUGUGCUUUUACAUUGGCAAAUGUAAACUCAGCCUUUCAUUCAUGACGUGUGAAAUUUCAGUUUCUCUGGAGUUUGUCAGACGGCGUGGGAACCACGCCUGAAACUCAGGUAAUAGGAGGUAAAAAAAAAAAAAAAACUUAAAAAGAUUUUUAAAAAACAUAAAACUACUCUCUACCUCUGGCUGGGCCCAGCCUGUCUCGCCCUGGCCGCGGCAGGGUGGCCUGUAACAAGUUCAGUUUUCGCAGAACAUUCAGGUAUUAAAAGGAAAAAAAAAAAAAAAAGACAAAAAGACCAAAAAAAAAAAAAAAAAGUGUGAUUUUGAAAUUUAAAAGAACACUGAAAGUUUACAUUUUAUAACAUUAUUAUGCAGAUUGUAUUUAAACCUCAGAAAUAUUUAAGACGAUUGUAACCCUGUAAAGCUGAUGAGAUAUUAAAACGAGACAAAACACUUCUGACUUUUAACAGAAAA